UGCGUCAGUCCUGCGUGCCUCGUCCUGCUGCUCCUGCAGAACCAGUAAAGAGUGUCUUUGUGGCCCCUGUUUUUGGAUAAAUAACCAUGUCUCUGGAGGUGGAAUCCGCGGACGUGAUCCGGCUGAUCAUGCAGUACCUGAAGGAGAACAACCUGCAGCGGACUCUCGUCACCCUGCAGGAGGAGACCACCGUGUCCCUGAACACCGUGGACAGCAUCGAGAGCUUCGUGGCCGACAUCAACAGCGGCCACUGGGACACCGUCCUGCAGGCCAUCCAGUCCCUGAAGCUGCCCGACAAGACCCUGAUAGACCUGUAUGAACAGGUGGUGUUGGAGCUCAUCGAGCUCAGGGAGUUGGGUGCAGCCCGUUCGCUCCUCAGGCAGACCGACCCCAUGAUCAUGCUGAAACAGACGCAGCCGGAGAGGUACAUCCACCUGGAGAACCUGCUGGCUCGCUCUUACUUCGACCCCAGAGAGGCGUACCCGGACGGCAGCAGUAAGGAGAAGCGCCGGGCGGCCAUCGCCCAGGCGCUGGCGGGGGAGGUCAGCGUGGUGCCGCCCUCCCGUCUCAUGGCUCUGCUGGGACAGUCUCUGAAGUGGCAGCAGCAUCAGGGCCUCCUGCCUCCCGGUAUGACCAUCGAUCUGUUCAGGGGCAAAGCCGCCGUUAAAGACGUGGAGGAGGAGCGCUUCCCCACCCAGCUGAGCAGACACAUCAAGUUCGGACAGAAGUCUCACGUGGAGUGUUCCCGAUUCUCCCCCGACGGCCAGUACCUGGUCACCGGCUCUGUGGACGGCUUCAUCGAGGUCUGGAACUUCACCACCGGCAAGAUCCGAAAGGAUCUGAAGUACCAGGCGCAGGACAACUUCAUGAUGAUGGACGACGCCGUGCUGUGCAUGGGCUUCAGUCGAGACACGGAGAUGUUGGCCACGGGAGCCCAGGACGGAAAGAUCAAGGUGUGGAAGAUCCAGAGCGGUCAGUGUCUGAGGAGGUUUGAGCGCGCCCACAGUAAAGGAGUGACAUGCGUGAGCUUCUGUAAAGACAGCAGCCAGCUGCUCAGCGCCUCCUUCGACCAGAUAAUCAGAGUCCACGGGCUGAAGUCGGGUAAAACCCUCAAGGAGUUCCGCGGCCACACCUCCUUCGUGAACGAGGCGGCGUUCACGCCGGACGGCCACCACGUCAUCAGCGCCUCCUCGGACGGCACGGUGAAGAUGUGGAACAUGAAGACCACGGAGUGCUCCAACACCUUCAAGCCUCUGGGCACGUCGGCCGGCACCGACAUCACCGUCAACAACGUGGUGCAGCUGCCCAAGAACCCCGAGCACUUUGUGGUGUGCAACCGCUCCAACACGGUGGUCAUCAUGAACAUGCAGGGCCAGAUCGUGAGGAGUUUCAGCUCCGGUAAGAGGGAAGGCGGAGACUUUGUGUGCUGCACGCUGUCGCCCCGCGGCGAGUGGAUCUACUGCGUCGGCGAGGACUUUGUGCUCUACUGCUUCAGCACCGUCACCGGCAAGCUGGAGAGAACGCUGACGGUCCACGAGAAGGACGUGAUCGGCAUCGCCCACCACCCGCACCAGAACCUCAUCAGCACCUACAGCGAGGACGGCCUGCUGAAGCUCUGGAAGCCUUGAGGCGGGUUUUAUACCAGUGAAUAUUUGUAAACCAAUGGCGGUGUUGCAGGUUUUGGAGCGUGAGCGCAGUAGAGCCUUUUAAAAAAAAAAAAAAAUGUUUUUACCUGAAACUUUUUUCACACAAAGCAACAUCUUCAUUUUUUGGAUACAUUAAGAAAGUUGCUGCCGUAUUGGUCCCCAUUUAAAAAAACAAAGACAUUUCAUUCGUCCAUGAUGUUUCAGGUAAAAUAAUGAAGGUUCUGCUGAGCUCGUGGGAAGUGGGGGGGGGGGGGGGGGAGAGAAGGAGUGUAGAUACGAGACUCGGUUCUGUUUUGACAAAAAAAUCCACCUUUUUUGUAAAUAUAUUUUCUAUUUGCAUUUUUUUGUUUUUCUCCAAGAAGACCUGGUUAAAUAGUGUUUUGUUUGUGUCUUUUUUUUCUUCCUCCUUUUUAAAUUUAAUGGCAUCACUCCAGAUUCUUUUUUAAAAUUUUUUUUAAAAUCUAUUUUGUAUCCUGAAAUUACUCAAGUUAUUAAAUUAAUACAUUAAAUUUAAUAACUACGUCAUUGUAAUACAUUGGAAUGAGACUUUUCCCCAAUAAUAUCUCUGUCAUUAAAGCUAUUUAACCAGAACAAUGAAAA